UAUGGACUGAAUGAUUAGAAGCGAACCGCAGGGAAUUCCCACGUUUACCUACUUUACCCUGCAGCAACUCAUUCCACAUUUUACUCAAACACUCCCUUCGGAAAAUUCAAACAUUAUUUCUAAGCAUGGUUCGAAGCCCGUUUUAGUCGGCUUGUUUACAAACUGAGAUUGAAAAGUUGUCUCAGAUUCAAAUUACCUACAUUAAAUCACCAUGUUUAUGAAUGGAAUCGCAAAGUAUUUUGGAAGACGGGUAUUUUCCCAUACCAAUUACCAUAGGAUUAUAAGACAGAAAAAAACGAUGCCAACACUUUCACAAUUAAUAGUCCCGCAGCCUGUAAAAUCUGGACCAGACGAUUUAAAUGUUGGAGCCGAAUUAACUGGAAAACUAGAUAAAGAAGAAGUGAUGAAAUGGUUGUCAAAAUUUUAUCAACGAAGAGAAAUUAAAGCUGCUGCAAUAGAGAAUGGAAUUGAUAAUUAUAUUUACCAUCAAACAUAUCUCAGCUUUAGGAAGUUCUGUCUUGAAAUAGACAAGUUACCAGUUGAUUUACAUGUCACAUUCAGUGAUAUUAUAGCAGGAGCUUGUCAUCUAGACAGCUUGCUGCCAUACUUUAUUCGGCAUGCAAAACAAGUGUUUCCUCAUCUUGAAUGCCUUGAUGACUUGAAGAAAAUCUCUGACCUUAGGCUUCCGGCAAACUGGUACCCAGAAGCAAGGGCAUUGACAAGAAAAAUUGUAUUUCAUUCUGGCCCAACCAACAGUGGGAAAACUUAUCAUGCACUCGAACGUUUUUUUAGCUCAAAAUCAGGGGUUUAUUGUGGACCUUUGAAAUUGCUAGCAUCUGAAGUUUUUUAUAAAAGCAAUCAUCGUGGUGUUCCCUGUGAUUUAGUUACUGGAGAAGAAAGAAACUUUGCCAACAUUAGUAAAACUCCUUCUUCCCAUGUGUCAUGCACUGUAGAAAUGGUCUCAGUGAACACUCCAUAUGAGGUAGCUGUCAUUGAUGAAAUUCAAAUGCUGAAAGACCCUAGUCGAGGUUGGGCAUGGACUAGAGCGUUAUUAGGCAUUGUUGCAGAGGAGGUACAUGUUUGCGGUGAAGCUGCGGCGAUUGAUGUUGUAAAAGAGAUUAUCUUGAGUGCCAGUGAAGAAGUUGAACUGCGUCGGUACAAACGUCUUACUGAACUAAUAAUAGAAGAGUCUUCACUUGGAACUCUUGAGAAAAUCAGACCCGGUGACUGUCUGGUAUGUUUCAACAAACAAGAUAUAUUCUGGGCUACACGACAAAUCGAAGCUAUGGGAAAAGAAUGUGCUGUCAUAUAUGGGAGUUUACCCCCUGGAACGAAAUUGGCACAAGCCAAGAAAUUUAAUGAUCCUGAUCAUUCUUGUAAAGUCUUGGUGGCGACCGAUGCAAUCGGAAUGGGACUAAAUUUAAAUAUUGGCCGCGUCAUAUUCAAUUCCCUGAUCAAACCUACAGUUAAUGAAAAAGGAGAGAAGGAAAUGGAUACAAUCACCACCUCCCAAGCUUUACAAAUUGCGGGAAGAGCUGGUCGUUAUGGGACUCAGUUUUCCACUGGUUAUGUUACAACAAUGAAGAAUGAAGACUUACCCACUCUCAAGCGACUGUUAUCUCAGCACCCAGAGCCUAUCACCCAAGUUGGGUUGCAUCCAACAGCUGAGCAAAUUGAGCUCUAUGCCUAUCAUUUGCCGCAUGCGAACUUAUCCAAUUUGAUAGAUAUAUUUGUGAAUCUGUCAACGGUUGACGAUUCCCUUUAUUUCAUUUGCAAUAUUGAUGAUUUCAAAUUCUUAGCUGACAUGAUUCAACAUGUGCCUCUUCCUCUACGAGCGCGUUAUGUGUUUUGCUGUGCACCAAUCAAUCGAAAAAUACCAUUCGUUUGCUCCAUGUUUUUGAAGUUUGCACGUCAGUAUAGCAGAAACGAAGUUCUUUCAUUUGAUUGGUUGGGUCGACAGAUCGGCUUACCGUUUGCUUGUCCGAACACACUGUUAGAUUUAGUUCACCUCGAAUCGGUCUUCGAUGUACUUGAUCUUUAUCUCUGGUUGAGUUAUCGUUUCCAGGACUUGUUUCCGGACGCCAGUUUCGUUCGUGAUAUGCAAAAGGAACUUGACUGUUUAAUUCAAGCAGGUGUGGCUCAACUUACACGGCUCUUGAUCAAUUCUGAAACUAAAGUCAGCAGUGGUACUAGCCAAGCAGUCGAGGCAGAAGAAAACCGAUCUGCCCUUUUUGCAAAGAAACCCUCAUAUUCACAUGACCGCAAUGCAAUGGCCAGAGGUAACCCGCUGUCAUCACAUGGACGAAUAGCCGAUCGUUUGCUUUCCGAAGGUCUUUUAACACCUAAAAUGUUGGAGGAAUUGAAGAAAGAAUGGCAGUUCCAGAAAGAUUGUGAAAAAGAAUCAUUUGAGGCAUCGGAUCGUUUUGUACAUAAGUCGAAUCCUGUUAAGCACAGCAGGAACGACACGUUGAGUACUAGACGGUUAAGUAGAAAGCGUCGAACGUAGUGAUGUUUGUCUGGUCAUUUUAGGAAUAAAUGGUCAAAUUGUGA